AAAGAGCUUGCUUCCCUGUCUGAAGGCUUCUGAAGUGUGAGCAACACCUCCUGACUCCUGCCAGAAUCAGCUCUGCCCAGCAUGCGAGCUGCCUCGCUCGGCGGCACCCGGGCCAGCCUCAGCCUCGGCCUCCUGCUUCUGCUCGGGCUCUGGCUGGACAGAGGUGUGCGAGCCAAGGAGCUGAAGUUUGUGACAGUGGUGUUCCGGCACGGAGACAGAAGUCCCAUUGAAACCUUUCCUAAUGACCCCAUUGAGGAAUCCUCCUGGCCAGAUGGGUUUGGGCAACUCACUCAGCUGGGAAUGAAACAGCAUUAUGAACUUGGAGAGUAUUUAAGGAGAAGAUAUGGAAAAUUCUUGAAUGAGUCCUAUAAACAUGAACAGGUUUAUAUUCGAAGCACAGACAUUGACCGGACUUUGAUGAGUGCGAUGGCAAACCUGGCAGCCCUGUUUCCCCCCGGGGGCAUCAGGAUCUGGAACCCCAGCCUGCUGUGGCAGCCCAUUCCAGUGCAUACAGUUGCUGCCUCUGAAGAUCGGCUGCUCUACAUGCCUUUCAGGAACUGCCCUCGUUUUCAAGAACUUCAGAGUGAGACUUUGAAAUCGGAGGAAUUCCAGAAGAGGAUUCAGCCGUAUAAGGAUUUUAUAAAAACCUUGUCAACAUUUUCAGGAUUCCAAGGCCAGGACCUUUUUGCAAUUUGGAGUAAAGUCUACGAUCCUUUAUAUUGUGAGGGAGUUCACAAUUUCACUUUACCCUCCUGGGCCACAAAGGACACCAUGACUACAUUGAGAGAAUUAUCAGAAUUAUCCCUCCUGUCCCUCUAUGGAAUACAUAAGCAGAAAGAGAAAUCCAGACUCCAAGGGGGUGUCCUGGUUAACGAAAUCCUGAAUCACAUGAAGAGUGCAACUCAGCCAGAAAAGUACAAAAAAUUUAUCAUGUACUCUGCACAUGACACUACUGUGAGUGGCCUACAAAUGGCCCUGGAUGUUUACAAUGGAAUCCUACCUCCUUAUGCUUCCUGUCACUUGAUGGAAUUGUACCUUGAAAAGAGUGAGUACUUCGUGGAGAUGUACUACCGGAACGAGACAUGGCAUGAGCCUCAUCCCCUCACGCUGCCAGGCUGCACCCACAGCUGUCCCCUGGAGAAGUUCCACGAGCUGGUUGCCCCUGUGAUACCCCAAGACUGGUCCACAGAAUGCAUGAUCACCAGCAACCAUCAAGUUUUAAGGGUCAUCCUUGCCAUUGCCUUUUGCCUGGUGUCUGGAGUCCUAAUGGUGCUGCUGUUUAUCCUCGUCCGCCAUGGGCCCUGCUGGCAGAGAGAGUCCUAUAGGAACAUCUGAACUGAUGACUGCACAACAGCCAAUGAGCAGCGCCAAACUCCAGUGAUAUAGCAUCUCCCAAGGAUGAAGUAUUCAAAGGACAGCCUUUUGCCACUGGCCACACUUUCUUUUUGGACCAGCUUAGAGCACAGUCUGAACCUACAGCCACCCAGGGACAGCUGCUUGACCAACAGGUUACUGGGGUCUUCUCAACACUGAGUGAGGGUGUAGGCUGCUCUAGUGGCUAGAAAGAGGCUGUUCUGCAGAGAACAGCUGUACUCCCUGACAGAGAUGUCCAGAGAGAACCAAGAAGCAAAUGAGGAGAAAGUGGGACAAAUACAUAGAUUAGACAAGACUAGAUACAGGGAAAUGUUAGAGUAGAUGUAGUAUUAGAUAAGAUGAUUCUGGAGGCUGGGGAUAUCAUUCAGUGGCACAAGCACCUGCCUGGCAAACACAAGGUCAUGAAUUGGAUU